CAGCUCUUGCCUGUGCAAAGCUCAAUCAGAUCCGCGACCAUGGAUGAUGCCAACUGCAGCGACCUCUACGACACUCGGCUCGAUGAGGCUCCGGAGCAGCCGGGAGAGAACGACAGUCUUUUGUACGAGGCGGUCCAUGGAGACGUGCAAUCUGGAAACAGUUUGUAUGACACGGAGCUGGGCUACCCCAUCUACGACUCGGUGGCAGACUGCGUGUCCAGGGGUGAAGAGCGCAGCUGCGCCUCGGCCCAGGCAGAAGCAGAAGGCUACCUCCUGCCCGACGAACUGGGUUCUGAGACCCCGGAGCCUGCCCCCGAGGAGCCGGAGGAGGAGGACAGGAGCAUCUCGGCCCAAGAGUCGCGAGGGUGGGGCUUAGACCUCGACACGGGGGAGCCCUGGGGGAACGGGAACGUGGACGCGGUGAAGGAAGACCUGCCUUCUCCCUCCAGCUUCACCAUCCAGCACAGCAAGGCCUUCGCCGUGGGCAGGGAACCCCCCGCCGGCCACUCCCAGGCUUGGGAAGACAAGGAGGCAGCUCUCAGCAGCCCCGAGAUCUUCCUGUUUGUGAAGGCUGGGAUCGACGGAGAGAGCAUUGGCAACUGUCCUUUUUCUCAACGCCUCUUCAUGAUCCUCUGGCUGAAAGGUGUCGUGUUCAACGUCACUACCGUGGACCUGAAAAGAAAGCCAGCUGACUUGCACAACCUGGCCCCUGGCACUCACCCGCCGUUCCUGACCUUCAAUGGGGACGUGAAGACAGACGUCAAUAAGAUCGAGGAGUUCCUGGAGGAGACCCUGACCCCUGAAAAGUACCCCAAACUGGCUGCAAAACACCGCGAGUCCAACACGGCGGGCAUCGACAUCUUCUCCAAGUUCUCUGCCUACAUCAAAAACACCAAGCAGCAAAACAACGCUGCCCUUGAGAGAGGACUGACCAAGGCCCUACGGAAGCUGGACGACUACCUAACCACGCCCCUGCCCGAGGAGAUCGACGCCCACGUGUGUGGGGACGACGACAAGGGGUCCCGGCGCAAGUUCCUGGACGGAGAUGAACUGACGCUGGCGGAUUGCAAUCUCCUGCCCAAGCUGCACGUGGUCAAGAUCGUGGCCAAGAAAUACCGCAACUACGACCUACCGGCUGAGAUGACGGGCCUGUGGCGGUACCUCAAGAAUGCCUACGCCCGGGACGAGUUCACCAACACCUGUGCGGCGGACAGCGAGAUCGAGCUGGCCUACGCCGAUGUGGCCAAGCGCCUGAGCCGGUCCUGAGCUCCGCCAUCUUGCCCACCCUCGCUUGCAGAAAGAGCUCCGGGUCUCCCAAAGGCCUCCAACUCCGCAGAUCCCUUUUCCCCGUCGCCUCGGGAAACGCGUGCUUGGGUUUUGAAUCCGGCUCCAUCCGCUGGCAUCGCCGGAACUCCAGCCUACCUACCACCUUUUUCAGAAGGCCAGCGCCAUCGCUGCCUCCUCAUUUCAAGACCUUGGCCAACGAGGAG